GGGGGGGGGCAUGACAGUCACGCCCUUAGUUCUAACAUUUGUUCAGCCUUUUUAAAAAAGCUCUCCUGUUGACGUGUGGACUCUGCUCCUCUUAUGGAUCGCCCCCUUUUUUAGGGGUGUUUCUGCUGAUUUUAAACUUUAUUCCACUCUUCCUUUUGAUGGUUAUAGAUUUAUGUCUGCAGGUAUCUCUGUGAGUUCUUGAUAGGUGCAGCUGAAUAGGCAUCCGUGAGUCUGUUCUCUCGGACUUAGAUGCUGGCCUUCUCCUGUAAUGUGACUCCAGCAACAAUGUGGGGGGACACCUGAGGGUAGGAGCCCUCCCCUUUUGUCCCAGAAGAUGUUCUCCAGGAACCGCUUCAAUGGACAACACAGAACAGGUGUCGCCCCCAAAGUGGACACCAAGGAGAAGGUUCGCAAAAAGAGGGCCCCCAACCCCAGGGUAGCUCUUGUCAUCCGGGAGAAGAUCCACCGCCUGCUCCAAGGAUCAGGACAGGAAGUACCCACCCUAGACCGUAACAAUGCUGGGAUUGAGGAGGAGGGGGGAGGAGAGGUGCAGGAGAAGAGAAAGGAAGGCACAUAUAUUUUUGCGAGGUGUGGGCCCAGAGAGGAAGCUUGCUCCUCGAGGGUCCCCAACGGUAAGGCACAUCGAGGGGUGUCAGGGGCAUCCUGUGUUGGGGAGGUGGAGCUGAACAGAGAGGGCUGUGUCAGGAUACCUUGCACUCUGCAGCACAAGAGUAGCAGCUGCCAAUCUCCACGAAAGCAGAAAUGGAUCAUCCCAGAUGGGAUUAGGACUGUCCCGGAACCGAGACGAACACCCAAACACCAGAAAUGGAUCAUCCCGGCAGGGAUUCGAACAAUCCCAGAAUGCAGAAGAGAAGCUCAACACCAUAACCGGAUUGGUCCAAACAUGAACGGUUCUGGGUUUGGCCCAGGGGCAGGAGCAGAAGGAGGUAAGGCUGAAUUCACUAGGACACGUGCAGAACCAAAAAGGCCUGUUUCUAUGGGCGACUAUGUGGAUUACAGAAUUCGGCACGAUACUCUGCUGGAGGAGGACGAGGAAGAAGACCAGGAGGAGGAGGAUGAGGAAGAAGAGUCUAGCGCCAUCAUCGAGCACAUCCUAAAGGAGCUAAGAGGGAUCAACAAGAUCCAGGAGGAGAUCUCAGACCUGCGGGAAUACCUUAAGUCUGUCCGUGGCUCUGUAGAGGAGGUAUCUUCCUGUGUGGAUGCUGUGCUCCUGGAGAUAGAGGGCAUUCGCUCGGGAAACAAGGCCAGUGGCAGUCCAGGGGGUGGGGCUUGGUCUGGGGCAGCACUGUGCAGCGACGGGUCACUCUUAACCCCUCGCCAGAGGCCUGUCAGCGCUUAUGGCAAUUUGGGCAGGCAGAUGGAGCCUUCAGAUUCCAAUGUCUACCGACCGUCCGUCUUCAGCGAACGCCACAGCAUACACGGAAUGCCAGUUGAGUUCCACUUGCCAACGUUAGAAGAAACAUCUACCACAGUCUCGCCAGGCACAGAGUCAGUUGAGCUUGAGGGCAAGGAACAGGAACAGGAACAGGAGGAGGUUGAGACGGAGGACUCAUCGGAACACAGCUCAGACAUCCCAGAACCCACCAUCAUCAAGAAGCUGAGCUUUGGCUACCUGGAGCAGCAGGAUGGCCAGGACUUCCCCAGCAUCAGCUCCCUGUCCUCAGGACACAGCCCCAAUUCAGAGUCUGACCUCGAGAGGCCCUUGUCCAGACACGGCGCAGGGCAUGGUGGGGCUAGUGGUAGUAUUAGGGGUGCUGCGGUAGAGGGCUUGGGCGGUGCUGGCCCACAGCAUGGUGGGUCUGGGGAGACUAGGUGGCAUGAAGAAAGCUCUUACUCCAGACAGGGGAGUCUGGAAGAGCAAGAGGGAGAGGGGCCUGCCUGUUUGGAGGGGACAGGGAGCCGGUACAGGGGCUCAGGGGGGUACAGUACCGGUACCCUGGGCCUUUCCUCCACAGGAAGCUCGGACCGCCUCUCCCUCCAGUCUGGACUACACUACAACCCUGCCAGCACCUCCAGCCAUGAAGAGUGGCGCACCCAUAGACGGAGGCCAAAACCACAGCCUGGUACUCAAUUUCCAACCGAUGCCCACACAGAGGACCACCGCCUGGGGUACGAGUGUGCUGCUGAUUACGCAUAUCACCAGAGCUCUGGUUACCACUCAGUGGAAGGACAUACUGAUGAGGUGGAAGGGUACAGUCACUCAGAUCCCCCCACAGAUCUCAGCUACACAACUGACUCCAAAGUCGAUAGUUUCCAGGAGACUUAUUCUGGCUAUGAGUGUGGCAUGACUGAAGAGUCUACAGAUGGAACUUGUACCUGGACUGAGAGCUCCUUACUGAGCCACAGCAUUGCAGCUGAAACAGACAUUCCAUCGGUCAGAGGGGAUAAAACAGGCAUUUCAUUGGUCAGAGGGAGAGAGGAAAGAGUUAUUCCAGACCUGGACGGCCGCCUCCCUCGCCCUAACAGCACAGAGAUCCAAAACAUGGGUUUUAAUGUGAAGCGGAUCGGCCAAGCUGUGUUGGACUUCAGUUCUGCCCUGCGGGAUGCGCUACGCAAGCUGGAAGAACCCGGAACUGCCCAGAGUCCUGGAGUCGAGAGCGAGGUGGAACUACCCACAAGCCUCUUUGAUGAGCCUCACAUGGACUUACCCCAUGCAGAUAUGUCUCAAUCCCAAGAGGAGGGGGUGAAUCCAGGGGCCACGGACGACACAGAGGGACAGAUCCAUACCAGUGUUCUCUCCUCUGCUCCCUCAGAACCCUCCCCCAGUGAACCUCUACCAGAAGAGAUCAGUGACGGCCUCCCACAGGACCAUGAUGACCCUUGCAAAACUUCUCCCCUUCCCUACCCUGGACACAAUGUUUACCACCCAGGCCUAGACCUUUCCUCAGCUGGUCCAGAGCCUACCUUCUCUCCACCCCAUAUAGAAUCAGAGGAAAAGGGAGCGUCUCCUUUGCCCCAGGGCCCAACAGACACUCUCAACACCUCGCUAUCGCAAUGCACCACUGCAGAGUCCCUUUCGCUUUCCUUCUCAGCUGAGGAGCCGGCACCGCAGGAGAAGCGGGGAGACGAACCCCCGCCGCUGUCGCCUCCGCAGCCCAACAAAGAAGCAGAUGUCCCAGAUACCCCUGCAGCCCCUGAGGGAGAGGCAGCGGGAGAGGCAGAACCAAAAGAAGACCCCCUGGAGAUGAGCCAGAGGGAGGUGCGGAGACUGAAGUGCCUGAGGACCUUCCAGCAGAUCCUGCGGGAGAAGAGGGAGACGCGGCACCAGCUCACCAGCAUGACCAUGUCCACGUUCGAGGAGGAUGACCUCAUCCCAGAUGGAAGUCAAGAUGAUCAGGGCCGAGAUGGAGACCCCAGCCAGCACCCGUGGGCCAAGCCUGGUGGCGCCACGCCCUUUGGGAUCGACAGCAUGCCUGACCUUCGCAAGAGACGGCCAAUCCCCCUGGUCAGCGAGCUGUCCAUGUUGCAGGCCAGGAAGGCAGGGCUCUCUAUGGCUACAAAGACGUCCCAGAAGGACCAGGAGCUGAAGAACCAUGUGUAUAAGAAAACCCUGCAAGCUCUGAUCUACCCCAUCUCCUGCACCACGCCCCAUGCCUUCCAGGUGUGGACCGCCUCCACACCCACCUACUGCUAUGAGUGUGAGGGGCUGCUUUGGGGCAUCGCCCGCCAGGGCAUGAGGUGUGCUGAGUGUGGGGUCAAAGUUCACGAGAAGUGCCAGGAGCUGCUCAACGCUGACUGUCUGCAGAGGGCAGCUGAGAAGAGCUCUAAGACAGGAGCAGAGGACCGGACCCAGCACAUCAUCACAGCUAUGAAGGACAGGAUGAAGAUCAGGGAGAGGAACAAGCCGGAGAUCUUUGAGGAGAUCAGGGCUGUGUUUGCCGUCACUAAGCUGCUCCAUGCGCAGCAGAUGAAGACUAUUAAACAGAGCGUGUUAGACGGAACCUCCAAAUGGUCGGCCAAGAUCACCAUCACCGUUGUCAGUGCUCAGGGUCUCCAGGCUAAAGACAGGACCGGCUCCAGUGACCCCUACGUGACCAUUCAGGUGGGGAAGACCAAGAAAAGAACCAAGACCAUCUAUGGAAACCUCAACCCUGUCUGGGAGGAGACGUUCAACUUUGAGUGCCACAACACGUCGGAGCGUAUCAAGCUGCGUGUUUGGGACGAGGACGAUGACAUCAAGUCCAGGGUGAAACAGCGACUCAAGAGGGAGUCCGAUGACUUCCUGGGUCAGAGCAUCAUCGAGGUCAGAACCCUCAGCGGAGAGAUGGACGUCUGGUACAACCUGGAGAAGAGGACUGAUAAGUCAGCAGUGUCUGGGGCCAUCAGGUUACAGAUUAGUGUGGAGAUUGAAGGGGAGGAGAAAGUAGCACCGUACCACGUUCAGUACACCAGCCUGCACGAGAACAUGUUCCACUACUCUACUGACGUGCUGGGUCAAGGGGUGGUGAAGGUGCCUGUUGCCUAUGGAGACGAUGCAUGGAAGGUCUACUUUGAUGAGGUGCUGCAGGAUAUCGUAGAUGAAUUCGCCAUGCGCUACGGUGUCGAGUCCAUCUACCAGGCCAUGACUCACUUUGCCUGUCUGUCCUCUAAGUACAUGUUGUCUGGUAUUCCUGCUGUGAUGAGUACUUUGUUGGCCAACAUCAACGCCUUCUACGCCCAUCCUACGGCCAUCACCAACGUCUCCGCAUGUGACCGCUUCAAUGCCUCCAACUUCGGGAAAGAUCGUUUUGUUAAGCUCAUGGAUCAGCUACACAACUCUCUUCGGAUCGACCUCUCCACAUACAGAAAUAACUUCCCAGCCAGUAGUAAGCCUCGUCUGCAGGACCUGAAGUCUACUGUGGAUCUGCUGACUAGCAUCACUUUCUUCAGAAUGAAGGUGUUGGAACUUCAGAGCCCCCCUAGGGCAGCCCAUGUUGUGAGAGACUGUGUGAAGGCCUGUGGAAACUCCACCUAUGAGUACAUCUUCAACAACUGUAUAGAGCUCUACAUGAGACAGUUCCAGCCUGCCGUAGAGCCUCCCAAACCAGAGAAGAAGAAGAAGGAGAAGAAGAAGAAGAAGGAGAAGAAACAGGGAGAAGAAGGGGAGGAGGGAGAGGAUGAGGCUGAGGAAGAGGAGGAGGAGGAGGAGGAAGAAGAAGAGGAAGAGGAGGAGGAAGUGAAGAAGGAGCCAGAGGAGACAGGGCCUACUAUCCACAACCUGGACUUCUGGCCAAAACUCAUCACCCUCAUCGUCUCCAUCAUAGAAGAAGAUAAGAACGCCUACACACCCAUCAUUAACCAGUUUCCUCAGGAGCUCAACGUGGGGAAGGUCAGUGCUGAAGUCAUGUGGACGCUGUUCGCUCAGGACAUGAAGUACGCCCUAGAAGAGCACGAGAAACAUCGUCUGUGUAAGAGUGCUGACUACAUGAAUCUUCACUUCAAGGUUAAGUGGCUUUACAACGAGUAUGUGAUCGACCUGCCUGCCUUCCAAGACAAUGUACCAGAGUAUUCUGCGUGGUUUCUGCAGUUUGUCCUUCAGUGGCUGGGUGAGAACGAGGAUGUGUCCAUGGAGUUUAUGAAUGGAGCUCUAGAGAGGGACAAGAGGGAAGGGUUCCAGCAGACGUCGGAGCAUGCUCUGUUCUCCAGUUCAGUAGUGGACAUCUUCACCCAGCUCAACCAGAGCUUUGAGAUCAUCAAGAAACUAGACUGUCCUGACCCCAAGGUGCAGGCCCACUACAACAGGCGAUUCGCCAAGACCAUCACCAAGGUGCUGAUGCAGUACUGUGCUAUCCUGUCCAAGGACUUCCCCUCCUACUGCCAGAAGGAGAAGAUACCAUGUGUGUUGAUGAAUAACGUACAACAGAUGCGGGUCUUGUUGGAGAAGAUGUUUGAGUGCAUGGGGGCUAAACAGCUGGAUUCGGAGGCUGCGGACAUCUUGAAUGACCUGCAGGUCAAACUGGCCACCGUCCUGGACAAUCUGAGCGCCAUGUUCGGCAAGAGUUUCCAGGCCCGUCUCACCGUCUGCAUGCGUCAGAUGGCAGAGAUCCUGUACCAGAUAAAAGGUCAUCCCAACCGUCAGACAGCCGAGGCCGACGCUGACAACAUGCUGAGGCCUCUCAUGGAGUUCCUGGAUGGAAAUCUGAGUCUGUUUGCUGACACCUGUGAGAAGACGGUUCUGAAGAGAAUACUGAAGGAUCUGUGGAAGAUUGUCCUCAGCAGCUUGGAGAAGACCAUCAUCUUACCACCGAGCAACGACGGCUUCGGAGCUCAGAUACUGACUGCUGCCAAGGGACUGUCCAACCUGAAGGGAGGGGGUGAGGCCAAAAGCCUGACGCCCAAACAGUGUGUCAUCAUGGAUGCCGCACUGGAAACCAUCAAGCAAUACUUCCAUGCGGGAGGUAAUGGUCUGAAGAAGGCCUAUGUGGAGAAGAGUCCUGAGUUAACUUCGCUGAAAUAUGCUCUGUCCCUCUACUCUCAGAGCACUGAUGCACUAAUCAAGAUCUUUGUAACUACACAGCACGCACAGGUUCAUAAUGGGAUGGGCAUCAGGAUUACCCCCAGUGAGAAGGUUCGGCCAGACAGAGGUUCAGGAGUGGAGAAGCCUGUUGGUGAGGCCCAGAUCCAGAUAGACAUGGUGCCUCCAGGCAAAGACAAGGUCCACAAGGUCAACAUCAGAGUGAUAGCGGUGAAUGACAUGAGGUGGCAGACAUCAGGGAUGUUCCGUCCCUUCGUGGAGGUCAAUAUGAUUGGUCCACUCCUUGCCGCCCAGAAGAGGAAGUUCACCACCAAGUCAAAGAAUAACAGCUGGACAGCCAAGUACAACGAGGCCUUCCAAUUCAUCCUGGGUAAGGAGUCUCCAGACUGCUAUGAGCUGCAGGUGACGGUGAAGGACUACUGUUUCGGCCGGGCCGACCGUGUUGUGGGCGUGGCCGUGGUCCAGCUCCGAGACGUGGCUGACAGGAAGUCGUGCGUGUGCUGGUGCCCGCUGGGCGGAUUCAUCCAGAAGGACGAGACGGGCGUAACGGUGAUGCGUAUCUUGUCUCAGCGUGCGGCCGACGAGGUGGCCAAGGACUUUGUCAAACUGAAGGCCGAGACACGUCCUGUAGAGGAGGGGAGAUGAUGAGGAGAUGUGGAGAGAGGAUAGGUAGAGGAGAGAAGAGGUGGAGAGAGGAUGAGGAGAUGUGGAGAGAGGAUAGGUAGAGGGGAGGAGAGAGGAGAGGAGAGAAGGAGGGGAGGUGGAGAGAGGAUAGGUAGAGGAGCGGGGAGGAGGAGGGAGGAUAGGUAGAUGAGAGCCUAUCACAAGACGGAGUUGAAAGAGCAGACACGCUCGGUGGAAGAGAGGGACAUCAGGAUAGAAGUUAAUAAAUGUUAUGUUUCCUGGUCCUCUGGGCCAAUGAGAGGGCCUGGAGCAGGCACAUGACUGAUGAGGGACCAAUCAGAGACUUUCACUGUAUGCAUCAAAGUAGUGGAGUGUGACACAACACCACAUACCUUCACUGUUGCAUUCAUAUCACACACACACACACACAGACGCACGCACACACACACACACACGUGAAUGAAUGUCUGCUUACUGUAUGUACCAGGGGCUAUAUCAGAACAACCCUUAUAGGUACAUCCUCUAAUUUUAUAUACUACUAGCAUGAGACUGAUACGCAUAGCCCAACACCCAUCACCCUAACCUGUGAUGAAAACACAUGAGACUCAUGCCCAUAGCCCAACACCCAUCACCCUAACCUGUGAUGAAAACACAUGAGACUCAUGCCCAUAGCCCAACACCCAUCACCCUAACCUGUGAUGGAAACACAUGAGACUCAUGCCCAUAGCCCAACACCCAUCACCCUAACCUUUGAUGAAAACACAUGAGACUCAUGCCCAUAGCCCAACACCCAUCACCCUAACCUUUGAUGAAAACACAUGAGACUCAUGCCCAUAGCCCAACACCCAUCACCCUAACCUGUGAUGAAAACACAUGAGACUCAUGCCCAUAGCCCAACACCCAUCACCCUAACCUGUGAUGGAAACACAUGAGACUCAUGCCCAUAGCCCAACACCCAUCACCCUAACCUGUGAUGAAAACACGUGUGGAUGGAUCUGACCUGACCUGUCUCCAGGGUCACUACAGUACCAUCCCUGUGGUUUACAUAGCCUUAAAAUCACAGCGCUAACCCCCAUCCCUCCUCAGACCAUCACAACCACAGGGAUAUGUACCUGAACUGGGAAGAAAAUGGCUGCCUAUUGGCCCUGGUUAAAAUGAUUUCACUGUAUAGUGAUAGCAGACAAUAAAAACAGGUGAGGUUUGUGAGGUACAGGUUGGAGUACAGACUAGGGUGAGGUACUACAGUUAGUCAGUUAGUUGACAGGGUGGAGUACAGACUAGGGUGAGGUACUACAGUUAGUCAGUUAGUUGACAGGGUGUAGUACGGACUAGGGUGAGGUACUACAGUUAGUCAGUUAGUUGACCGGGUGGAGUACAGACUAGGGUGAGGUACUACAGUCAGUUAGUUGACCGGGUGGAGUACAGACUAGGGUGAGGUACUACAGUUAGUCAGUUAGUUGACAGGGUGGAGUACAGACUAGGGUGAGGUACUACAGUUAGUCAGUUAGUUGACAGGGUGGAGUACAGACUAGGGUGAGGUACUACAGUUAGUCAGUUAGUUGACAGGGUGGAGUACAGACUAGGGUGAGGUACUACAGUUAGUCAGUUAGUUGACAGGGUGGAGUACAGACUAGGGUGAGGUACUAGAGUUAGUCAGUUAGUUGACCGGGUGGAGUACAGACUAGGGUGAGGUACUAGAGUUAGUCAGUUAGUUGACAGGUUGGAGUACAGACUAGGGUGAGGUACUACAGUUAGUCAGUUAGUUGACAGGGUGGAGUACAGACUAGGGUGAGGUACUACAGUUAGUCAGUUAGUUGACAGGGUGGAGUACAGACUAGGGUGAGGUACUACAGUUAGUCAGUUAGUUGACAGGGUGGAGUACAGACUAGGGUGAGGUACUAGAGUUAGUCAGUUAGUUGACCGGGUGGAGUACAGACUAGGGUGAGGUACUAGAGUUAGUCAGUUAGUUGACAGGUUGGAGUACAGACUAGGGUGAGGUACUACAGUUAGUCAGUUAGUUGACCGGGUGGAGUACAGACUAGGGUGAGGUACUACAGUUAGUCAGUUAGUUGACAGGGUGGAGUACAGACUAGGGUGAGGUACUAGAGUUAGUCACUUAGUUGACCGGGUGGAGUACAGACUAGGGUGAGGUACUAGAGUUAGUCAGUUAGUUGACAGGUUGGAGUACAGACUAGGGUGAGGUACUACAGUUAGUCAGUUAGUUGACAGGGUGUAGUACGGACUAGGGUGAGGUACUAGAGUUAAUCAGUUAGUUGACCGGGUGGAGUACAGACUAGGGUGAGGUACUACAGUUAGUCAGUUAGUUGACAGGUUGGAGUACAGACUAGGGUGAGGUACUACAGUUAGUCAGUUAGUUGACAGGGUGGAGUACAGACUAGGGUGAGGUACUACAGUUAGUCAGUUAGUUGACAGGUUGGAGUACGGACUAGGAUGAGGUACUACAGUUAGUCAGUUAGUUGACCGGGUGGAGUACAGACUAGGGUGAGGUACUACAGUUAGUCAGUUAGUUGACAGGUUGGAGUACGGACUAGGAUGAGGUACUACAGUUAGUCAGUUAGUUGACCGGGUGGAGUACAGACUAGGGUGAGGUACUACAGUUAGUCAGUUAGUUGACCGGGUGGAGUACAGACUAGGGUGAGGUACUACAGUUAGUCAGUUAGUUGACAGGUUGGAGUACAGACUAGGGUGAGGUACUACAGUUAGUCAGAUAGUUGACAGGGUGGAGUACAGACUAGGGUGAGGUACUACAGUUAGUCAGUUAGUUGACAGGUUGGAGUACAGACUAGGGUGAGGUACUACAGUUAGUCAGUUAGUUGACAGGGUGUAGUACGGACUAGGGUGAGGUACUAGAGUUAGUCAGUUAGUUGACAGGGUGGAGUACAGACUAGGGUGAGGUACUACAGUUAGUCAGUUAGUUGACAGGUUGGAGUACAGACUAGGGUGAGGUACUACAGUUAGUCAGUUAGUUGACAGGGUGUAGUACGGACUAGGGUGAGGUACUACAGUUAGUCAGUUAGUUGACCGGGUGGAGUACAGACUAGGGUGAGGUACCACAGUUAGUCAGUUAGUUGACCGGGUGGAGUACAGACUAGGGUGAGGUACUACAGUUAGUCAGUUAGUUGACCGGGUGGAGUACAGACUAGGGUGAGGUACUACAGUCAGUUAGUUGACCGGUUGGAGUACAGACUAGGGUGUGGGGUGUUUUUUACUGUCAGACGGCUGUGUGAACAGAACAGAGCUGUUUGGGCUUAAUGGUUACAGCAUCGACCCACUCCACUUCAGCCUGGGGGGGGCUCUAUGCUCCCAUACAGUACACUAUACUCAUGACAUAACCUUUAACCUCCUCUCUAAAUUUUGUAUUUAUUUAUGUAUUUAUUCAUGUAUUUAUUUUGCCAACUUAAGUUUCUCUUUUCAACUGUUACUGCAGAUACUGUUUGCCUGUAUGUCUACAUGGAAUGGAAAUAGCCAAACAUUGACUAGUUUGUUUGUUUUGUUGGGGGGAGGGGGGGGGGUUAUUUAAAAAGUCUAUCUCAUGUCCAGAUACACACCUCUUGAUGAACAAAUGUUAGAGUAUGUUAACUACCUCCCCCUUCUUCCCAGGUAAUGUUUAGACGCGUCUGUGCCACCCCUAGCAUUACCACAAACACACUGGUGUUAUAAUGACCAUGUCAUACUUGACCUCUGUCAAUCAUCCUCUUACUGAGACCUGACUCUCAUGUUAGCCCCGCCCCAAAGGUUCCACCAUUGCUCUCAUUGGUGGAGUUUUUUUUGCAUGGCCCCGGUGCCUUGUGUGGGUGGAGAUUUCACUUAAAGACCAAUGGAAUGGUCUAAAAUGAGCAAAUCCGGGCCACCGGACCAUGCAAAAUUAACUCGACCAGUCAUUGGGCGUUCUGUGAAUGUCACAAAUAUUACCUGCCUGCCAUUGGCUGGAAGAGAAAAUUGAAAGGUGGGCCAUCCAAUAAUAUCACAUAGAUGGAGAAGUGGGUGGAUGGAGUAUGCACCACGUGCCAAGUAAUGCAGUGUUCACUUUCUAGUUUUCUUGAUUUGUUCCUGUCUUUCAUUUUGUUUCUUUCGGGUUUUUUUCGGGGUUUUUUGACAAGUGAACUCUGACACUCAAACUGUUUUAAUCUUACUGUAAGUUAGAAAACCAUAACAGCAGUUUGUAAAGAAAAUCCUAACACCAGAGCAUGUAUUUACAGUACACAAUCAAAGUAAACUAGACCUUGAGUUGUGCAUUUUUAUGUAUGUACUGUCAAAUAUGAAAAGAUUAAUAUACGUAAAGUAUGUAUCAUUAAUAUUAUAAUGCUGCGAAAAUGUUGAAUAUACUUGUACUAAUAUUAGAAUUUUGUAUAUAAAGUAUUAAUGAAUAAUC